AUGCGUACUACGACGCUGGCAGCAACUUCAUCGACACUGUUCAACGACACUGUUAAUAACUACCAGGACGAGCAGUCCGAGAGGUGGAUAGAAGAAUGGAUGAUAGGAAGACAAAAUCGAGACCUACUAGUGGUAUCCACUAACUAUAAGCUUAGUAAAGUCCACAUCGUCAACGACUCUGGUAACCAUAGAAAAUCUCUUAACUUAUCUAUUGCUGCCUCGUUGAAGAAAUUGCAGACUAGCUAUAUCGACAUUCUUUCACCUACACUAGUGGUUGAGUCACCUAGAAGAAAUUUAAGUCUUUUACGCCCUGUCUCUGAUAAUCUCCAGGACUGGAGCACGUCUAUCGAAGAACUCAUGGACAGCCUGCACAUUUUAGUUGAGCAAGGCCUGGAUAGUCGUUGGAACGUAAUGCUUCGCUACCUCGAACGGGAAGUCAUUCCCAUGGCACUGGCCCCUUACGACGUUAUUAGUGGCGGCAAAUUUCAAUCUCAGGCUCAAAUCAAAGAGCGUGAAAAGACCGGCGAAGAUCUGCGGACCAUGCUAGGUACUGGUCAGUCACCAUAA